UUACAACAUAAACAAUUAAAAAUGUAGGAAUAAAUUGAUACGAUAGGCAUUUGAAAAAAAAUGCUAUGUGCUGUGUAUAGCAGCAGCUGCAGUAGUUGACACUCAUGAAAAUGGCUAUGACAGAAGUUCUGAUUAAAAAGCCUCCCAGUAAAGAAAGGUGGUAUCAAACCAAUCAAGGUUUGAUAAUAAUAGUAUUGGCUGUAUGUUGUUUUGCUUUGGCGGGGUACCUUUAUUAUGUUCAGUAUCUUGAAGAGUCAGACCCACAGACGGUCGAAUACGUCGACGAAAUUCGAUUUGUAGAUGAGUUUUGCGGAGGAAAAGAAUGCCUGCGAACGGCCACGAAAAUCCUCUCGUCCAUCGACGAAUCCGUCGAUCCCUGCGAUGACUUCUACAAAUUCUCCUGCAACAAUUUCAUACGUCACGCGUACGAGAACAACGUACCGAGCCCCCUGUAUACGCAGCGCGAGUCUCAAAGGUUGAGGCUGGACGCGGUCAUAUCCUCUCCCAUAAGGGGCGACGAAUGGCAACCCCAAUUGCUGCAGAAGCAAUUUUUCCAAGCCUGCAUGAACACCGCAGCAAUCGACAGAGACGAAAACGAGAGGUUGUUAAGCGUCAUCGACGACCUUGGAGGAUUCCCUGUGUUGCUCGGCCAGGAUUGGCUGUUCGAAGAUGUCGAGCUGUACGAAACGUUGAUCACAAGCAAGGAAUUAGGGCUGCCCUUCGAGUGGUUCUUCAAGAUCGUGCCUUCCAAAGACAAACAUAGAAUAGAGAUUGGGGUUCCAGAUUUCCAGAUGCCCUUCGAUGGUCCCUUCAAAGAAUCGACAUACGAAAGCCUGAUGAUAGAAACGGUCGUAGCUUUGGGUGGAGCUAGAGGUAUAGCAGAAAACGAAAUGGACAAAGUUUUGUUCUUUGAGGAAAACCUCUAUCUGAUAUUCGGAUCACACAAAAACAGAUCCAUGAGUGUCACGAAAAAACUUAAAGAAAUACAGCUAGUAUUUGCUAACUACGAUUUGGCUUCGUUGAUACAAGAGCUGAUUGGAGAUGUAGUGCCUAUUUCUGAUAAUACCACUCUGCUCGUCAAUGAGGACUUCCUCAAAGAUUUGAAUUUACUUCUAGCAGGAACUGCCAAAAGGACUUAUAUCAACUAUUUUAUAUGGAAAAUUAUCCAAGAAUUCGGUAUUCACAUGUCAUCGCCAAUACGGGAGUACUUUGGAAAUUUCUCAAAUUUCCUUAACGGUGUUGAUCCAGUUAUCAAUCGAUCAAAUGUGUGUCUCAGAGAAGCAAAAAAGAGGUUCCCGAAGAUAGCAGAGUUAUCUUACAUGAAACAACUGCUCAAUAACGAAACAGCCAAAAACAUAAGGGAACUCGUUUCUACUAUACAGGAUACGUUUAGUAAUAGAAUAAAGAAUGCAGACUGGAUGGAGAAAAACACCAAGAAAAUAACAAGCGAAAAAAUCGAGCAUGCCACGACAAUCCUUGGUGAAGCUCACAGUUUGGAUUUAGAUAAAGUGAAGAUGGAAAAAUUUCUGAACAUCGGAAAUUUGAAUUUCACAUCAGGAAAUCUCAUCGAUAUGUUGAGACAGAAAAAUUUGAACGAUUUCAAUUUGACAUUUGUACUCGAUAAUGUAACCUUGGACGGAUCCAGACUACUCCUUUUUCAGUCUGCCUUCGACACAGAUUCGUCCUAUCUGGAAGACGCUAACAUACUAGAGAUCUCGACGGCAUUUUUGCACGACGAAUUCUACUCCAAUGCCAGACCGAACUACCUGAACUACGGAGCUUUGGGCGUUAUCAUCGGUCGCGAGCUUGCAAGAGGUUUGAGCUUGCAAGCUCUAUCUAGCGACGUGAAUUCGGAAAGUUUCUACGUCAAAGCUGCUUAUAACGACAGCAGUGCCGAUAACACCACAACUACGACGAACGACACUGUCAGUCUGGUGUGGAACAACGAAACUUUGGACCAGUUUCUUGUUAGGUUCAGGUGCAUCAACGAACAGUACGAUAUAUUUGAGUUGCAGGAUAUAGGAGAAGACCUGUUCGCCAAAAAUUUCGCGGACACCCUGGGCAUCGACAUAGCUUACGAAGCGUACAACGCUUGGAGCCAGAUAAAUCACAAAGAGGAAGAUCCCUUGCCAGGGUUGCCGUACGGUGCCAAGCAGCUGUUCUGGAUGCAGUACGCCACUGAUCUGUGCUACGAAAAAUUGGAGACCAACGAUUUCGACCUUCCCGAAACGAGUCAUCCCAGGUGGAAGGACAGGGUACUGCUGCCUUUGAAGCAUUCCAGAUACUUUCCGAUGGAUUUCAAGUGCAUGCCUGGUACUAAUAUGAAUCCGGUUGAGAAAUGUUCCCCAUUUUGAAUAGGCACCUUUGAUUUAUAUCAAUUAUAUUCUGAAAUAAAACUGUUCAUCAUCUUGUUUGAUAGUGAUACUGAAAAUGUGCUGUACAUAUGAUAAAUAAAGGGUAAAUAAUUGAAGACGACGU